AUGAAGGGCUCAGAGGUGAACAUGUUAGAGAUGCUUGGUUAUGGUCAGUUUGCCUUCCUCUCUGCCACACCUUUUCAUAGUAACCAUCUGCUUAGGCAUAAUGCAAUGCCAAGCGCCCUCCCCCCGAUAGAGUCUUUACGCGACGGUAUAUCGACGCUGCUCACCAUUAUCCGAAAGCACCAGGUCCAGUCUUGGGCGCAGGUCACUCUUAACCACCGGCACACAGACCUCCCGCCUAAUCAUAUACUUGCAACUGCAAAAGUGGAUGCACUUCCCGCUCUUUGGACUGCGCCGACAAGUCUGACGACCCUCAACCUCUUUGAUGCAUAUCCAUCCGUACUAAUCAUAAGAUCUGGCUCUUUCGCUGCCGUCGAACUACGGAUGGGGUGCGCCCCACCCUCUUUUGAAGGGAAGGAGCAGUUCUUCGAGGAGUUUGCGGCUUGUAUCUGUAGCCGAGGCUGGCAGGACAUUUUUGGCCUAGGUAUUGAAGAGGGGUGGUCUCAAAGGAUUGAAUUCUUAUCUCAGGCGGGUAAUUUAUUGGUCGAAGAUCAAGCUGUCGAUAAGGAUAAAAAGGCAGGAUCUGACUUUAUAUAUACGCGGUGGGCGGCAGGCGAUGAGGAGCAGGACAAGACAGGUAUCACAGCAUGCUUUGUCUUUCCUAGUGGCCAUGUUAAAGUGACAGAUACCCGUAUUCGAGAUCCUUAUAGUCACUGGGACAGCUUGGAACGGGAUGGAUAUUUUUCAUCUGUUAAGGUCGCUCUGUAA